AUGCAUCAAGGUCAUAACAUCCCAUGGGACAUCAUAACGUCCAACUUCAAGUUCGUUCGAGAAGACAAACGGUUUACGCCUGCAUUUUCUGGGCUUGCGUCGACCGACAGACCCAACUCUGAGCAGGAGCUCGCCCACUUCAAACGAAAGUUUGCCAAAGCGAUAGCCAUCUUCUCCGAGACCGAACGGGCUAAAUACCCACAGCAGAUCCCUCCACCGCAGUCCGGACUUCUCUUCUCGAACGAGCUGAGAGACAAGUACCCCGCCUAUCUUGACGAGAGAAACCAGCGACUCGAGCACUGGAUCAAGCGCGCGCAGUCGACUCACACCGACGACAACGGCAACCCCUAUCCACCCAGCUAUUACACAGGCGAAGGUGACCUUGCGGACGUUGUCAAGGUCCUUCUCUUCGAGAACCAGAUGGAGACACUCCUCAUGCUAGCCCAGCACCCCGACGUACCUAUACACUGCCUCAACUACCUCAGCUGGGGGCACCACUUCGGCUUCUCGAGGAUUAAGGAGUCGGCUGUGCACGCUUACAUGUAUUUCAACUGCGCCGAGGCGACCAACUCGCUCGAGAACGGGCAGUACGCCCUCCCACGCUCCUAUAGCCGUCUCCUCCAAGAGAUCUCGUGGGGUAUGGACUACCCGGCGCAGCAGAUACCCCACUUGAACUUCCUCAAGGCAUGCGGCGUCCUCGAUGAGAACGGACACUACAAGGCAGUAAAACGGAACCUGGAUAGCCAUACGAGGAAUUGGGGAGAGGAGGUUCUCGUCCACAAGGAUUAUGGCCGAUUGAAGGAGUAUAUGAAGACACUAUUUGAGCAGAUGUAUCGAUACGAUGUCCUCAUGCGGGAGUGUGGGUUAGAUCCUAAAUGGGAAGAGGAAGUUGGGUACUCUCUUCCGCAGAAGUACUAG